AUGGACGCGCUGAGCCGGGCAGGGCCCCGGGCCCACCGCGGCCCCGCCGCUCCCGCCGCGCCCGGCUCGUCCCCGCUGCCCUGGGGCCGCUUCGCAGCCUGGAUCGACUGCGUGUGUGUGGUCACCUUCGACCUGGAGCUCGGGCAGGCCAUGGAGCUGGUGUAUCCUCAUGACUUCAGGCUGACAGAGAAAGAGAAAACGAGUAUCUGCUACUUGUCCUUCCCAGAUUCCUACUCAGGUGGCCUUGGGGACACCCAGUUCAGCUUCCGCCUGCGGCAGUCGGGGGGCCCCAGGACCUCCCCGUUCCAGGACGACGGUCGGUACAACCGGGAGGCCCCCCUGACGCUGCAGGUCGGUCCUGCCUCUGCUCUGCCCCCUCCUGCAGGCACACAGGGCUGGCUCGGGGGGGACAUCCCACAGAGAUCCGGCUGCCUGUGCACGUUCCCACGAGGAAACCCUUGCUGGAAGGGAUGGUGUUGGGGGGGGUUGACUCCCAGAUGUGCCCUUUUCCAGUCCCUGGUGCUGGUGUCCCGCCUGCCCUACGUGAACCUGUUCCAGUCCCUGCUCCAGCUCAUCGCUCCGGAGUACUUUGACAAGCUGGAGCCAUGCCUGGAGGCAGUGUGCAACGAGAUCGACCAGUGGCCUCCUCCUGUGCCGGGACAGACCCUGAACCUGCCCGUGAUGGGAGUUGUCAUCCAGGUGAGAAUCCCAUCCAGGGUGGAUAAACCAGGAUCAAGCCCAGUGAAGCAGUUCAAUCAAGAGGUGAGCAGAGCCUGGACCACUGAGGGAGGAGGGUGGGAAGAGCUGGAGCUCUUAAAUCCUGUUUGAAAAGCCUGGGAUCGA